UCCUUCUGGCUCUGGAGUAAAAGCAUAACCACCUCUUCGAUUCCGAUUUUCCCACGCACUUUCUCGGCAUCCAAACACAUUGUAACGAAAUCUAAAGAAGAAAAGCAAGUGAGAGAAUUAGAAAAUCUAACUCCAAUGGCGGAUCCAAUCGCAGCGCCGCACAGAUCCGCCGCGAACCUCUUCUCGGACCCGCUCGACUCCCACCCUCCCUGGUUCAAGCCCGCGCUCUUCCUCUCGCCGGAGUUCGAUUCCGAGUCGUACAUCUCCGACCUCCGCACCUUCGUCCCCUUCGACACGCUUCGAUCCGAGCUCCAGUCCUACCUGGCCUCCCUCAACCACGAGCUCAUCGACCUCAUCAACCGAGACUACGCCGACUUCGUCAACCUCAGCACCAAGCUUGUCGACGUCGACUCCGCCGUCGUCCGCAUGCGGGCCCCGCUCGUCGAGCUGAGGGAGAAGAUCGAGCAGUUCAGAGGCUCAGUGCAGAACUCGCUCGUCGCCUUGACGAACGGAUUGAAGCAGAGAUUAGAGGCGGCCGAGGCCAGAGAGGUCUUGGAGCUCCUGCUUGAUACGUUUCAUGUCGUUUCUAAGGUUGAAAAACUAAUAAAAGAGCUGCCGAGUGUGCCGGCUGAUUGGUCGAACGGAGAUGUAAAUUUGGCAGAGAAGAAUUCUUUUAGCAAUGGAACUUCCUUACAACAUGCUGAGAAUGGAACAAAUCUCAGAGACACUCAAAGCAUGCUUUUGGAGAGAAUUGCUAGUGAGAUGAACCGGCUAAAGUUCUAUAUCGCUCAUGCAAAGAACCUGCCUUUCAUUGAAAACAUGGAGAAGAGGAUUCAGGGUGCCAGCCUAUUACUAGAUGCUAGCUUGGGACAUUGUUUUGUAGAUGGACUGGAACAUCGAGAUGCAAAUGCAAUCUACAAUUGCUUACGUGCAUAUGCUGCAAUAGAUAACACUAGGAGUGCAGAAGAACUUUUUCGCACGACUAUAGUAGCUCCAUUGAUACAAAAAAUUAUUCCCCAUGGAACAUCAGGGGCUGCUACAAGACCCUCUGGAGAUGACCUUGAGAAUGAUUACAAGCAAAUCAAGACAUGUAUUGAAAAUGACUGCAAAUUUUUGUUGGAAAUUUCUUUCGAAGAGAAUUCUGGUUUGCACGUGUUUGACUUCUUGGCAAAUUCAAUCCUCAAAGAGGUUCUCUCAGCAAUCCAAAAGGGGAAACCCGGUGCUUUUUCUCCUGGAAGACCAACAGAAUUUUUGAAAAAUUACAAAUCAAGCCUGAAGUUCUUGGCUCAUCUAGAAGGCUAUUGUCCAUCCAGAUCAGCUGUUUCCAAAUUUCGAGCCGAAGCUGUUUAUAUUGACUUCAUGAAGCAAUGGAACCUUGGGGUUUAUUUCUCUUUGAGGUUUCAGGAAAUUGCAGGGGCUCUAGAUUCUAUACUUGUGGAGACUAGUCUUCUCCCUGUGCAUAAUGUACCUUCUGGUCAAGGAAAUUCUCCAGAUUUAACAUUAAAACAAAGUGUCACUUUGUUAGAGUGCUUGGAAUCCUGUUGGAGAGAAGAUGUUAUUGUUCUUUCUUGCGCUGAUAAGUUUCUUCGCUUAUCUUUGCAGCUUCUUUCAAGAUAUUCAAGUUGGCUGUCAUCUGGACUGGCUGCUUGCAAGAUGGGUCAAACCGGCUCCAAAUCUGGUUCUGAAUGGGCUACUUCAGCUGUUCCUGAUGAUUUUAUAUAUAUUAUUCAUGACACAGACCGGCUGUACAAGGUGGUUUGUGGUGACUUCCUCGGGCAUGUACUUAAGCUUCUUUCUUCUUGUCCUGCCGAUGUUCUUGAUCUCGUAAAACAGAGCCUUUUACAAGGAGGAAAAUCAUUGAAUGAUUUAGUGCCUCAAGUUAUCAACACAAUUGUAGAGGCACUAGUUGAAAAAUCUGCUGCGGAAUUGGCACAGCUAAAGGGAAUAACUGCGACGUACAGGAUGACAAAUAAGCCUCUUCCCGUCAGACAUUCACCCUAUGUGGCAGGAGUAUUGCGUCCCCUGAGGGCCUUUUUGGAAGGAGAACGAGCUACAAAGUAUCUUACAAGGGAUGCUAUCAACGAAGUGCUGCUCAAUGCCGCAACUGAGAUUACUGGUCGUUAUUAUGAGCAAGCUUCCAAUGUCGUCAGCGUGGCUAGGAAAACGGAGACUUCACUCCAGAGAAUAAGGCAAGGUGCACAAAGACGAGGCGGAGCAAGUUCAGAUGUUUCUGAUCACAAUGUGUCGGACACUGACAAGAUAUGCAUGCAAAUUUUCCUCGACAUUCAGGAGUAUGGCCGUAACCUUGCUGCCCUCGGUGUUGACGUUUCCAAUAUUGAGACAUACCGUUCCUUGUGGGAAUGUGUUGCUCCUCCAGAGAGGAAAAGUGUGAUUGAUUUAUGAAGUUGGGCAUUCAGCCCUUCCCGAUUUGUAAGUGUACUUUCUUGCUUUCCAAAUUCAAAGAAUUUUGUUAUAAUUUGAUUAGUUGUGAAGUGGUUAUGCUUAUUGCAAGAGGUUUAUUAAUAAUAAUUUCUUCAAAGAUUAAAUUA